CCCACAAGAACCCCCAGUUUCCGGACUAAUCCCAAACGCAGCUGUUCCUGUCUCGAAGACCCCCACACCACCGCCGCCGCCGGGCACUUGGUGAUCGGCCAUGGUAGUUUCCCGUAGAGAUAGAAUCAAGGAGGACGUAGUUCGGAAAGCAGUGAAUGCGCUUCUCAAAUGGAAGAAGAAGAAGCAGAAGAAGUUAUACUCACAAUCCGACCAUGAGUUUGCCCAAGAAGAAGUAGAAGAGGAAGAUGACGGUGAUGAUUUCAUAUACCUCUCCGUAACCCUUAAAAAGGUCCCAACACAGGAGCUUACUCGUACUCCUCACCAAAUCCUCCUUCGUCACUCUCUUCUCUCCCAAGAUUAUUCUAGCUUGAACUGUUGUCUCAUUGUUGAUGGCAAGAAAAUCACAUCGGAAGCUGCCCACAAGAUAAUCAAGGCAAAAGGGAUUCGCUUUAUAAAGCAGGUUUUGAAGGUCUCCAAACUCAAGUCGGAUUAUAAGUCUUUCGAUUCGAAGAAGAAGCUUUACGAUUCAUUCGAUGUGUUUUUUGCGGUUAAGAGUGUGGUCCCUUUGCUUCCUAAGGUCUUGGGGAAGGUUUUUUACAAUAAGAAGAAAAAGAUUCCGGUGCCCGUGGAGUUGAGGGCCGAUGGCAGUAACUGGAAGGAUGAGAUUGAAAAGGCCUGCAAGUCGAGUUUGUUGUGUUUGAGUGGUGGGACUUGCAGUGCGUUGAAAGUUGGAAGGUGGGCUUUAACGGAGACCGAAGAGAUUGUUGAGAAUGUAUUUGAGGCUAUUGAUGGGGUGCUGGAGAUUGUUCCGAAGAAAUGGGGUGGGAUAAGAUGCUUUCAUUUGAAGUUUUCCGACUCUUUGGCACUGCCUAUUUACGAGUAUCAGCAAACAUUGCAGCCGGAUGAUAAUAAAGUAGGUAAAGUGGGUGAUGGUGGUUCUGGCUUGGUGGGAAUGAAGAGGAAAAGAGCUGAAUUAGUAGAAGGUUCUGGUAGAAAGAAAUGACAGGAUGAGAAUUAGGAACGAUAAUUGGUGGAAAAAGUAGUGCAUUAUCCCAUUCAGUUGCAUUUAUGCAAUUCUUUGCAUAGAGUAGUCGAGGAUUGGGUGGAUCCCAUGGGACUUUCGGACGACGUCAACUUCAAACUAGCAUCAUGUGAGCUUGAAGUUCUUCAGGUUCCCAAUUUUGGUAUUCAUGAUCAUGAAUCUGUAAUGAUUCAAUUAUCUUUCUGUUAAUGACUUCAACCAGUUUAGAUGCUCAAGCGUCUUCAUAUGCUGGCUGGCUUUCACGAGUGCUCUUGUUCAUCAUUCUAGUAAUUCUAAAUGAGAUUUUAAAUUUGAUAUUUCUGUUUUUGUGGUUUGUGUUAUAAAUAUAUUCGUCCUCAUUGGAUUUGAUGUGAGUUUCUUGUUAGAUGAUGAGUGAUCGUCUUUCUUGUAUGAA